AUGUUCGCCGUCCGAGCCGCCACCACCGCCCGAGUCACUGUCUCCAAGGCCCCUGCUUCCAUGUUUGCCCGAUACUACUCUCCCGACGUCAGGGGCGAGGGUGCCACCGCCAGCUCUACCGGUUUCAAGACCCGUGAGCAGGCCAAGGAGGCCCAAUACGUCCAGCAGCACGAGGCUGAGAAGCUCAAGCUUGCUCAGGCCAAGCUUAAGGCUGCUCAGGCUGAGGUUGACAAGCAGCAGCAGGUUGUCGACGGACAGGAGAAGAAGUAA